AUGUUGAUGCUAGAUGAUCAAAAGCGACAAAAUGAUCUGGUUGAAUUCGUUGAACAGUUCAGUGAAUCGAAAAAAGAAAUUAAAACAACCAAGGAACCGAAAAAACUAGAGAACAAAUGUGUGUGUUCGAAAAGAUAUUUUAAAAAAUGGGAAAAUACAUUGAAAUUAAAGUAUAUUGCGAAAUUGGCAAUUCCAAAACCAGUUCGGCUUAGGCCUUGGCCAAAUCCAGAGUUGGAAGCAGUAUUGCCAUUACCAGUAAACAAGGCCACAUUAACUGGUAAAAUCCCAAAUAGAAUAUACAAAUUGGCAGUACCUAAAAUUAGACAUAAGGUGCCAGUUGACCUAGUUUAUCGAACGUUCUCAUCAGGCGAUACCAUGUAUAAAUACAGGAAAUCUAAACAUCAGCUAAAAACUCGUACAAGAAUUCUAGAGCUUGCAGAACCAAAACCUAAGAUUAGGCGUGUACAUGCUAGAUGUCUAAACUCUGAACAUCCGGAAAGACUUUAUAGUAAACCUAAUAAAUCUUCGAUAAAGAACAAUUCAGAUGAUUGGAUUAAACAUCAGAAGUGGCUUAAGAAGAACGCAGCGCCUAAAAGAAAAUUUAGUAGACCACCUGAGGUUAAAAGACGAUCAAAAAUGUCGAAAUCACAAACUGAUAUAAUGUUGGAUAGACUAGCACGAGUGCCAGAAUUAAAACGAUUUGUUAAAAAAUUGGUUAUAAGAACAACUGAACCAAGACCAUUUGGUCAAAUAACACCUAUGGGGCUAGACUGGGUUCAGAGAUUAUCGGUACCGAGAAAAUUAUCGUCGGAAACGCAAUUGAAUCUGGAUUAUGAUCCCGGUGUCAUACCUAGGGCUGCCUUAAAAGCAAUAUUGUCGCCACGGAUAAAAGAAUUAGCUGAACCAAAAUUUAAUAUAAAAACGGUCAACACAGAAUUCAAAGAAAAUGCAUUCAAAAUAUCACCUACUGCGUUGACAUAUAAAGCCAGUAAACGCAUUAAAAAAUUGGCAAUGCCACGAUUACAUUAA